CUUCCUGCUUCCGUCCCCGCUUCGACUCCUCUUCCUCCCUGCGUACGGUAUUCCUAGGCCCUACGUUCCCGGAGCCUCUGCAGUCCCGGAGCCGUAUAUUCCGCAUCCCAGGAGUCGCGCAGCCUUGGACCCCGGAGCCCUUGCGCUCCGAAGCUCCCGAGUCCCCUGGUGCCCUGCACCUCGCGUCCCCGGAGACCCCGCGUCCUUGCGCGCUCCCCAUAGUCCCGGCAGCGGCCGGCCACCGCCCGACCCGGCGGACCACACUGCCCUCCUCCGUUCCACCGGUGCCAUGGCCGCCCCGGACCUGUCCACCAACCUCCAAGAGGAGGCCACCUGCGCCAUCUGCCUCGACUACUUUACGGAUCCGGUGAUGACCGACUGCGGCCACAACUUCUGCCGCGAGUGCAUCCGGCGCUGCUGGGGCCAGCCCGAGGGCCCGUACGCGUGCCCCGAGUGCCGCGAGCUGUCCCCGCAGAGGAACCUGCGACCCAACCGACCGCUCGCCAAGAUGGCCGAGAUGGCGCGGCGCUUGCACCCUCCGUCGCCCGUCCCACAGGGCGUGUGCGCCGCGCACCGCGAGCCACUGGCCGCCUUCUGCGGCGACGAGCUGCGCCUGCUGUGCGCGGCCUGCGAGCGCUCAGGGGAGCACUGGGCGCACCGAGUGCGUCCGCUGCAGGACGCGGCCGACGAUCUCAAGGGCAAGUUGGAGAAGUCCCUGGAGCAUCUGCGGAAGCAAAUGGAGGAUGCACUGCUGUUCCAGGCCCAGGCGGAGGAGACCUGCUCCUUGUGGCAGAAGAUGGUGGAGACCCAGCGGCAGAAUGUGCUGACGGAGUUUGAGAGGCUGCGCCGUCUGCUUGUGGAGGAGGAGCAGCGGCUGCUGCAGAGGCUGGAGGAGGAAGAGCUGGAGGUGCUGCCCCCCUUGCGGGAGAGCGCGGCCCGGCUCGGACAGCAGAGCGCCCAGCUGGCCGAGCUCAUCACUGAGCUGGAGGGGCGCUGCCAGCUACCAGCACUGGGGCUGUUGCAGGAUAUCAGGGACACCCUGCGCAGAGUCCAGGACGUGAAGCUGCAGCCUCCUGAGGUGGUGCCCAUGGAGAUGAGGACGGUGUGCAGGGUCCCAGGGCUGGUGGAGGCCUUGCGGAGGUUCCGAGGGGACAUGACCCUGGAUCCUGACACCGCCAACCCUGAGCUGGUACUAUCAGAGGACAGGAGGAGCGUGCGGCGGGGGGACCUGUGGCAGGCCCUGCCCGACAGCCCUGAGCGGUUCGACCCCGGGCCUUGUGUGCUGGGCCGGGAGCCCUUGACCUCGGGCCGCCACUACUGGGAGGUGGAGGUCGGGGAGCGGGCCAGCUGGGCCCUGGGCGUCUGCAGAGAGAACGCCAACCGCAAGGAGAAGGGCGAGCUGUUCGCUGGUAACGGGUUCUGGAUCCUGGUGUUCCUGGGGAGCUACUACAACUCCUCCGAGCGGGCUUUUGCCCCUCUCCGAGACCCACCCCGGCGCGUGGGCAUCUUUCUGGACUACGAGGCUGGACAUCUGUCCUUCUACAGUGCCAACGAUGGGUCGCUCUUGUAUACCUUUCCUGAGACGCCCUUCUCGGGGACCCUGCGGGCCCUCUUCUCACCUCUGUCCAGCAGCCCAACCCCUAUGACCAUCUGCAGGCCGAAAGGUGGGCCUGGGGACAUGCUGGCUCCCCAGUGAGCAGGCCUCUCAUAGCCCCUUGUCCUGCCUUCCAAGUCUGCGAGACACUUGAAAAACCUGAGAAGAGGGUGCUUGUCCUCUGAGCUGUGGAAAACACUCAUAAUGCCACUCGGAUACGUGUAGCAAACUGAACUCUGUCACUGCCACUCCCAGGAAGCCAUGUGAGUGUGUGCGGGCUGGGCUGUCCUCCCUCGGGGGACUCUCCAAGGUCAUCAGAUGCUGAGACCCCAUUCACCAGUGCAUCACACACAGUCCUUUGCAGAGCCCUGAGCCUAGGGCCCUGGUAGCUCUGGUUCCAGGAGCCUCACCAACCUGCCCCACCCAGCCUCAGUCUGGGGUGAGACACCAGGGCCUGCAGAACUCUCAGGCUGCAGUCUGAGCACCCCCUCAAAGCCUGGGGCCACACCUCGAGAAAGCUGCUGUCUUGUGAGACUGCUGGCCAAGGGGUGGCUCCAAGCCCACCAGCCUGUCUUGGGGUCUGGUCUAAACUGGUGGGGGGGUGGUGUCUGGAUGUAGUUGCCUCAGAUUAACUGGGGUGCAGCAGAGUCCUCAGGUGACAGGUGAUGUGGGAAAGGCCACAGGGAGGGAACUGGGAGCAAGUCACUGAAUAAAGUGGUUGAUUAACUAGGACACACAGGUGCCCUCAAAUCCCCCUGAACGUGGCCCACUCAGGGCUUCUGGAAGAAGCUUCUUCCCUGGUUCCCAGUGCAGAGGUUCAGUUCUGGGAGGUCUGAGGGCCUGGAGGUGAGUGUGAGGCUCAGAAAUGACCCCUCACUGUUUCCAUCUGAGCGGCACUGAGAAGAGCAAGCUGGCGUUGCCCUCUCAAAUGCCUCUUCAGUGGCCCGCGGCAUGGUCCCUGAACUCAGAACCCAGAGUCUCCUGCCUGGGGGAGCGGGGGAGGCCACAGAGAGCCCUGGCUUACAAAGUCCAGGGUUCGUUUUUGCUUUAAGUUUUGACGCUUCUUCACCUUUCUCAAGAAGGUGUGAUGCGGCGUCUCUGCACCCCUAGAUUUUUAUUAAUUGUAAGGACCAUUCUCACAGUAAAUAAAUUAACAGCUGUCUGUAGUCCCCUUAUCUUUAAGGUUGGGGGGUGGGGAAAUCCUCCAGAGGGCCCACCCUCUGGAAGGGGUUACAGAAACAAGAUGCUCACUGGUAAAGUCGGGGUUGCAGCUGCUGCCCACACAAGCACAGCAACUCCCAGGUAUGGUCUCCAUGUUCUUUGGCUCAACACGUGUGUUCGUUUCAUGCAGGGACUGUGGGCAUUUUUUUCAGAUAACCUGCUAAACAUUUUCCAUGUUCCUCUGUGUUCAAUAGCCAGUACUAUUUCAUUUACUUGAUUAUUUACUCAUUCUCCCAUUCUAGGGCUUUUUUGUUAUUGUUACUAUGUAUACACCACUUUUGAAUAUCUUGAACAACAGUUCCUUCAAAUUAUGUACACAGGGGGAAGUAUUUUCUCAGUUGAGUCAGGAGUCUGGCCAUGUUUUUGGCUGGGGAAUUAUUCCCAUAUGAUUUCCCAAGGAACGGGGCCCGCUGCUUCACUUCCUGUUGAGAAUCUGAGCAUAGUGUUUGGUUGCUGCCUGCAGCAAGAUUUGGACUUUAAGGUUUGGGACUUCCACAAUGGCCACUGGAAACCUAGCCUGUGGGGCAGCCUCGUGAGUUUAAUAAGUGAGCACACAACUGCCCCGAGGACACCAAGACGCCUCUGGCUGUGGCUUUAGAACAAAGCUGGACACAAGUGUAAGGGAGGAAAAAUCAUUUGCCCUCAACCCUUCUGAGUUCUUGGCUGAGACCCUGUAAUGAAGCUAAACAAGAGGAAAACAAAGACGUUUAUUGACACGUAUACCUCAGGCAGGCAUAGGAGAAACCCCAGGAAAAUGAGUAACUGAGAGCAGCAGCUUAGAUCUCUGGCUUAGAGAGCAUCUUCAACAAAGAACAAUGUUUACGCAGAAAUGACAGGGAAAGCAGUUUUAGGCUUCCAAGGUCGUAAAACAAGCAGGUAAACUAAUGGCACCUAAUGCUAGUUAGUAAGGUUUGUUAUAUGUAGGUCCUACCCCACCGCCGCCCCCCCCCAUCCCCGUACCAUCUCCAAACUGAUGAGAUUAGAAUUGUCUCCAAAUCUUUCUUGUGGAGAGGGGACAGGAAUACCUCUGUAAAUGUGUGUCCUGCUUUUAGAUAGAUGGGGAAAGGCAGGGAGCUUGUAUUUGCUUCUCAACACCUCCAGCUCAAAAUAAUUGUUACCAAACCAAACUUGGGUCUGCUCGACCAUGUGCAGUAAAUCCAAUCCACUAACACCGGGUUGUGAUGAAGGAAAAUGCAUCAUUUAUUGUAAAUGUGCCAAUACAAGGAGGAUGGGUGGCUCUAAAACCCCGAACUCCCCCUGAAGGGUUUCAGCAAGGCAUUUUUAAAGGCCGGGUGAGGGAGGGGGGGAAUCUCAGGGUAUGUGAUCAGCUCCUGCACAAUUCUCUGAUUGGUUGAUGGUGAGGUAACAGGGUGGUUAACAGUAUCAACCUAAGGCUCCAGUAGGUCUGGGGGAUCGUGAUCAUCAAGUAGUUAAUUUCUUCCAUUUGGUGGUGGUUUUAGCAUUUGUAAAAACUCAGGAAAUGUGCAUCAGAUAUCAGAGGAUAUGGGGGAAGGGUCUGUCCCAGGAAAGCCUCGUAGGGUCCUGCUUGGUUACAUAACCUUUAUGCCAAAUGAGAUGUUUUGGGGUGACAUGCUGCUACCGUCCACCAGUCGAGAGAGAAAAAAAAUGAGCUUCGGUGAUACCUGUUGGCAAACAGACUGAUUUUCAGGUUUACAAAGGUUACUCCUGCUGACUUCUGCAUCCCCAGGCUACCACCCAGUGUUCUAGGUCCAGAGAGACCACAAUGAACAUGCAAGCUCCUGCAGGUGCCCUGAUAUGUUUGUGAGUGACAGGUAGCAAUCUAUGACAUAUCUAUCCUACAGCGGGUGAGCCCCUACACUGGUAGUAGAUGAUCUCCUACACUGGCAUUAGGUGAACUCCUACACUGGCCACUAGGGGAGCUCUUGCGUUGGCAGUCAGUGCUGGCAGUUGGUGACCCCUGUGCUAGCAACAGAUGACUUACACUAGCAGUUGAUCUCCUACACUACCAGCAGCUGAGCUCAUACGCUAUUAUUCGUUGGUGAACUCCUACUUGGGUAGUUGAUAAGCAUUCCGGAGGAAAAUAAAGCUGGAUUGAUGUAGAUUAAGCCAGGGCAGUGCAGAAUGUGGUCAGCCAUUCCUGGGGCUUCCAAAACAACCAUAAGUAUUGCCUACCAAGUUUUUAAAUGCCCAGAACCUCUCCCCCUAGGUGACUCAGCCAGCAGACCAACGGGGAGACAGGAAAGAAGCUGUGAAGAUAAAAAUCAUUCUGGGUUGAUCAGUGCUUAAAAAGCAAUUACUCAGGAUGGCACGGACAGAGACCUCAGAAGGAGGAGGGAGUGGCUACUACAAUACUUAAGGCAUUAGUAACUGUGAUCAAUAGAAUGUUUGAAAAAUAAAAACAGCAGUCCUGGGUCUA